GUCGCUUUCCAUCGCCGGCUCGCAGCUGCUCUUAAACCGUUCCACGAGCGUGGCCGUUCUGCCCCGCCAUUGCUCUCCUCUCUCCAGCUCGAACCCGUCAAGCUAGCUAGCAAUCGGAGCAGUGAGGCUGAUCUCGUCCUAGCAGACAUGGACGGCCAGAAGAUCCCAGGUUCUGUCAGGCUGGCCUGCGGAUGGGCGCUCCUCAGCGCCUGCGCCAUCUCCUUGGGCCACUACCAACUCCCCUGCAGCGUCAUCUCCGUUCUGCGGUACCGGUGCGAUGAGCUGACGGACACCAAGGCCGCCUACUUUAGCGCCCUCUGGAUCGGAACUUUGUGCUGCGCUGGAUCCCAGGCAACCGCGGCGGCGCUGUUGCUGCUGCUCCCACGCCGACCCCGCUGUGUACACCGUGUACUGGCCUACGCCUACCUCACGGUCGCGGUCGCCUGCGGCGCCGGCCACUGCAUGUACAACGGCGCCAUCCUCAUCCUCCGCCCUGCAGGAGUCUACUUCGCCGUCGUCAGGAUCCUGUUCAUGGUGGGCGACAUCAUCUGGACCACGGCUCUCUGCCUGGAAGGUACUUCAGUGUGCCCGAGAUGCCGGAAUGAUGCGGGUCAUCUUCGAAACUGAUGCUACAAAUUUGAAGGAUGGCCUGUGUAGCAAUGCAUAUGAUCUCCCACAGCAUGGUACUAUCUUUAGGGAGGCCAAGUAUAUGCUGUUUACUGGUUUUAUCGAGUACAAAGUUGUAUCCUGUAUUCCUGUGUCCAAGAAUGUAAUCGUGUUGCUCAUAAAUUAGCGGGUUAUGGUGCGUCUAUGGAAGCUGGUGCUCAUAUGUUGUGGCAUGGUACGGUUCCAGACUUUGUAAUCUCUGAUCUAGCCAGCGAGUAUGUUGUGCCAGGUGGUUAAUGGAAUCUAUGU